UGACAGCAAUAUACAUAUAUGCGACAUUCCAGCCGACAUCCUUGCUAGCGUUGGGCUUGCAGAAGAACCGCAGCCCAGUAAACGUCCACACCGCGCUAGUUUACUCAACUCCGAUGCAACACGUCGUCCCGUGCACCGUAAACCAGUGAUAGUACCUGUCAUGUCUCCCAUCCCUCGCCCACCGAGACCUUUGCCCAGAAGGGACCCGCAAACUUUCCUUCGCUUUCUACGCAACCUCUUUCCCUCCUCUCGUACAGACGCGGUUCGCACCAAUGAGCCUCGUAAUCCCUUAGACUUCCCAGCUACAUCUCCCCUACCGCGUCCACUUACAAAAACAGACGAGAACUGUCGACCCACACCAACACCACCCACCACCCAAUCCUCUACUAUUAAAACUUCUGCAACUCCCGCAUCUAGCUUGCAUCAACUAUCAACCUGGUGGCCCUUUCAGAAAGAUCAUACAUCGCCGGCUAUCGUCGAUGUUCCUCUCGCGCCGGCCAAACUGCGGUAUGCUACAGCGGGUGCUCCCCGAGAUGAUGAUGACCUGAUACGCGAUGAAGACUAUGUUUCCCCUCCUCCUUCCCCCAAUCCCGGCUCUCGUGCACGGAUUGUUAACGCCGGACAACAUGGAAGUGGCCGGUUUUGUUUAUGUUUCUAACUGAUCUCAAACUUGUUCCCCGGUAUCUCGUAACUGCAAUCGUUGCCCCUUGGAUGUGUCGUCCUCUGUACACUUAUGUGGUCACUAUACCAACCAAUGUGCUUGAGAUAUAAUCUCCGAUAAUCGAUCCU